AUGGCGCAGGCUACUCCGACAGCGCAGGAGAAACCAUGCCCAGUCGAGAAGCGCACGACGCAAGAGGUCAUCGACAAGCUCGGCUUGAUCCCAAACGAAGAGAAGGGAUACUUCAUAGAGGCUUUUAGGGACCCUGAAGCGAGCAGCAAUCGAAUCUCCUACCUCCUGGAAGCAUGCGACCAAGCAAAGGAACAUGUCAAGGUUAUCUACAUCUGGCCUGCCGAAUGCUUGAUUUCUAGAUUUGGCAACCAAUCUUCAAAAGUCACCACAAAGCUUGGCAUCAGCUUCUGA